CCUCAUUUUCCCCCAUAUGACUGUCUUGUGGUCGUCACAAGCAUUUUUGCAUAUAUUAAGACAUGAGCAUGUAAGUAUUAAUUUUCGCGACAAUCCUCUUCGUUCGCGAUGUAGUAAGUCUUCACUUCAUUUUUGUCUGUAGGAACUACUUGACUGAGGCUAGAAGCCCUCGUUUUUAUUGCCAAUCUUUUAUGUGCUUUCACAACCUGUUUCAGCUUUGCGCUUUCUGACAUACUUAUUCUUAUUGUCGACAUCUCCGCCGUUUUACUUUUAGGCAACAGGUCCGCGAGGACCAGCUUGUGUAAACAAAAUUAGAAGCUCUACUUUCACAUCUUUCAACCUUUCCGUAUGUAAAAUAUCUACAUUACUUGGUGUCGUGUGCAGCUGCAGCAAAAAAAAUUAUCAAAGUAAGUUAGUAGUACCACAUGUAUUGUAUAGACAGGAGGACGACAAAGAACCCGAACUAGUACGAGGCGGCACUCGACCUCGAGGACUCGCGUCGUGGGUUCUCGUCCAGAAGGUGGGGCUCCUCUGAGCACACCGCGGGAAGGUUUAUUUUGUUCCCCUUUCCAGCGGCCGGUCGGAACUACGAAAGAAGAAUUGUUCUUGUUCAACUGCCAGACUUGUAGUUUUUCCAGUUGUUCCAGGUGUUGACCUGCUAUGCUUUCCAGCCUCACCGGCGGGUCUUCCUCCGCGGCCGCGGCGCAGCGGGAAAAUGCGGCCCAGUCAAAGGAAAACGAGAACUACGGGGACACCUCCACCUUCUAUCCAUUGCAAAUAUGUAGUCUGGGUCGUCUGGACGACAAUUGCAACUUGUGAUGCAAAUUUCAAACAGCACAAAGAUCUGUGAUGCACAAACAGCAAGAAAUGUUGCGGCCCAAAACUUCGCAACAAAAAAGGGGAUCUCGAUUUGUUCUGCGGAUUAGGCAUUGGGAUUGGAACAUGCACAUCUCAAAACGUGUGAUCAUGCUAGGGCUUGCAUUCCAGACCUGCUCUAGGGCAUCAGCAUGCACAACUAGCAGGAAGAUGGCAAACGUCUGCACUGAACAUCCAGACCCAUGUAUCGAUAUUUGCAAUGUCGAUACCACCUCCCCCGAGUCGAUUCAAAAAUCUUCCGAGUACCGCCAGGCCGGGGACAGCGUGGUGCUUCGGUAUGUGCAGAACCUGCAGGAGUUCUACGAGCUUUUUGAGGAGGUGAUGCCGUCGGGGACGCGCGGAUCCCACGUGAAGGCGGUCAUCUACGCAAGGCGCAAGUCGGACCACAAAAAGGUGAUCAUCAAACUGAGGAACAAGAACAGCAGCUUAUUACAGUGAAAAAUGCCACCACCCCGGAAUUUGCAGAUGAAGUUUGUCAUGCAAAGUUUCCAAAUGAAAGCUUUUUGUGUUGCAUAAAUUAAAAGGAUUGCGAGCGUUUCUGGUGCAGAAUCAGGGUGCGCAAGGUACCUUGUGCAUAACAGAUCCGGCUGCUGUUGGGCUACUUCGCAACACAAAUUUGACCUAUUCAGCAUGGAAAAUUUGUGAUGCUGAGAUAUGCAAGACGGGGAAUGUUUCUGUUGGAAAAGUUUGCAAUACAAAGGCUGCCAAGCUGGGGGUGGGGGCAUUUUUCAUUGCAAUACAGCUUCAAGGACUUGAACGAGAUGCGGGAGUGGAUUCUGUCCAUGAAGUACCUCUACCUCCUUAUCCUACGCAAAAACGUUCCCGCCACCCCAUAGCCAGGAUGGGAAAUCUGCUAGACAAAUCUACCAGCUUUUAUUGCUGCGCAUGACAAGUUUCCUCGCCUCGUAUUUGUAAUCCUGUCUAGCUAGCCCUAGCUCCAGCAGCACUACAGACCUAGCUCACCAUGCCGAUUCGAGCAUCACAAAUUAUUCCAAAACGCAAUGACUAGAAGUAGAAAAUGCUUGAUGUUCUCAUGGGGCUCCGCAUGAGAAACAUGUUUACCGUGCACAUUUGCAUGACAGCUAUGGGGAGGUGGGGACGCUUUUACAUAGGACACUCCUCUCCGGGGGCACGAAGCAGGAAGAAAGAGAAACCCAGUACGCGAAGGGGCAACUGCAGCAGAUCGCCAACAUGGUAGACAUACUCGAGGACGCCAACAACUACUACGCCUGCAUGGAACACGUGGAGGGGCGUAUCCUGAGUAAAAACGUUCCCACACCAGAGUCAGGAUGGGGAUUUUGCAACACAAACCUAGGAGGUUUGUGAGUCACGCAUGACAAGUUGCGCUCUGCAGUGUAGUGCAGGUUAGCAAGUGCAGCCGCAUCACAGAUUCAUCUGCUCAUCCUGUUCACAGCAUCACAAAUUUCAAAACACGACUGAAAAUGGCUCUCAUGGGGAUGCGCAUUACAAGUCUUCCUGUCUUUGCAAAUCUGCAUUACAACUCUGGCGUGGGUACGUUUUUACUCAGGAUAGGGCGCGACCUAUUCGACUUUUUUCUGCAGGAGAAAAUCUACGCCCGGUCCUACCGGCUGCAUAUCCACUGCAAAUAUGUCUGGGUCUGGAAACUUGUAAUGCAAGUCAGUGAAUACUAAGCACUCUGUAAUGCACCGCCAAGCAUGACAGGUUUUUUCGUCGCGUUGUGUUGCGUACUCUCCGCAUGAGAAACCGCGUUUCUGCAUAACAGGCAGAGGGAACUGCUCGUGGCCACGCAGCACAGAGUCCAGAGUCAUGCCAGACAAGCAUGACAAAUCUCGCAGUCUUCCUGACCCAGACAUAUUUGCAAUGCAUACUGCAGUUCGUGCAGCAAUUGUGCAAGUCGCUACUGAUUGCGCUCGAUGAAUUCCUAUGAAAUGCAAAAGCAUCGUGCUAGUAUAAAUUGCAAUACAAAUCGGCUCAGCAUUACAAAUUGAAUUUGUAAUGCGGAUUUGCCUUAGGAACUGGAUUUGUAAUGCAUAAGUGCAACUAGUACGAGUGCGAUACUUUUGCAGAGGAUAAAUCCAGCAGAAGGGCCUGGUGCAUAAGGACCUAAAACUCGAGAACAUCGUCUUCGAUGAAACCAAGCAGCGGCAGACCGGGGAAUCCCUCGUCUGCGUUCCCAAAUUCAUAGACUUCGACACCGUAUUUAUUAAGGGUUUUUCUUUUUGUUUCUAUGUAUUGCACUACCAUCAAACAAGAGCAGCUAUUAGUGCCAGCAGAGUUUUUAUGGGGCAGCUUUUAUGAUCUUUACGAUUUAUGUGUAGAAGAAGUGGACAGCCUCAGCCCGUCGCCACUCCGGAGUCGUUCCAAAGAUCGGUGGUUGCGGGCUCUCUGUUCUUGAAAUUGUUUUUCAUCCAAAGAACAUAAGCUUGAUACGACCUACUUAAUACUGCGCGGCCGCAGGAGGAGACCGUGAUCUGGUAGUUUCUUAGGUAAAAAUUCAGCAUGAUGACAAGAAAUUGAAACUCUACCUGUCAGUGUCACGCUAAGGAAAGUAUAAAUGCAAGUGAUGCAGCUACAUCCAACACCACAGAUCGAGAUCUGGGUCCCGGGGCGGAAGCAGUUUCACGUGCUGGGCACCGAUCAGUACAUCGCCCCGGAAACAUACGCCGGCUACCCCUGCCCCGCAUCGGAUAUGUGGGCCAUGGGGGUAAUCUGUUACACGAUGCUCACGGGCUGUUUUCCAUUUCACCAGGGCCUGUUUAACGACCGACCCGGCGAGAACUUCGUAGACCAUGUGGCAAUGCAGCAAAUCCGCAGGAGGAUGCGAAUCGCUCGAAUAGACUGGUAUAAAAUAACAGUUGCACUUUAGGGAAAUAAAUGUAUGAGUCCCGUGCUUUUCUUGCUAAAAGGGAGAAGACAAGAGCUACCACAACUCGAAAAUUAUGAAGUGACCUUCUAGUUGUACAACGGCAUGAUUUUGAUUCAAUUUCACGUACUACAAGCAAUAUCUGCACAUGAUCGCGCAAGAGGACUCUUGAUGUACUACUACUGGCAGCAAGCAGCGUGAUCUGCUCAAAAAUCUCUGUACAACUACAACUUCUAAACUGCAUUCUCAGGUCAAACCGGGCCUGGGUGUUGGAUUCGCGGGCACGGGACUUCGUUCGGCGGUGUUUCAUUUGCGAUGCGACGCGACGACUCUCCUUAGAGGAAGCGCAAAACCAUCUAUCACAGGAAAAAAAUAUCGAUCUGGGGUUCUUGGAAUGAAAUUAAAUGAAUCCAUUUCGUGAUGUUGAUGAGUGGCGAAAAAUCCUGGCGAGGACCGCGCCACAAUUUUUUAUACGCCUACGGCUCAGGAUUUUUUCACCGCAACAAGUUUACUCUGAGUAGUUGCUUGGUGUUGAUGUGUAUCUUUAUUGUAUUCUGCAUGUUGAAGUUGAGAUGAAGCUGCGUUUCUGCUGCAAUUGCAUGACAGAAAAUUAGGCCCUUUUGCGUAACAAGACCUCCGUGCAUGACAGAGUUCAAAAGAAUCGUUGUAGCCCGAGCACAACACACGCCUUCUUGUGUUUAUUUUCCAGACCGCAGAUCGAUGUUUGCAUUGGAUACCCUCCGUGGAUUCGAGACGAUCCGAUACCGCAGAUCGAUAACUCCUCAUAA